AUGGAGGAAGGCGACCGGGGGGAGCCGGCCAGGAGGCAGAGGCGGGGCGCAAAGAGGAAGCCAGGCAGGGGAAGGAGGAACGAAGGCAGACGGGGAAACGGCGAAGGGCGCAGGAAAGCAGGAGAGGGGGGGGGAGGGAACGACGACGCGGAGAACCGGAGGAAGGCGAGAGCGAAGACGGGGCAAACCCCGACGGCGGGAAGGGAGGCAGGGAGAGAGAAAAGGGCGACGCGGGCGCGGCCCGGGGCGCGGAGGAGGCAGGAGAACGCGACGGAGCGCAGGGCCGGGGGCGGGCGACGCAGCAGGCAAAGGGCGGCCCCGAGCAACGGGCGAGGGGAGGAGAGGGCCGACCAGGGGGAACGGGGGAGGGAGGAGGGGGCGAGGCCGGAGAGGGAGCCGGAGGAAACGGCGACCACAGCCAAGGAAGGCAGCAGGCGCGCAAAGGACCCAAGCCGGACACGGGGAGGAGGGACAAGAAAGAACAAGACCGGGCGCGGGGAGGCGGGGAAGGGAAGGACAAGCGAAAGCCCGGAACGAGGAGCCAGGGGAGGGCAAGGCGGGGGCCAGCAGCCGCGGGAAGGCCAGCGCCAAGAGCGGAGAGGGAAGGGGGGCAGGGAAAAAGCGCGGAGGGGAACCGGGGAGGGGGGCGCCCGGGCCGCCGGCGGCGAGCACCGGGCGGCGGGGCGCGGCGGGGGCGAGACGCGCCGGGGCGGAACGGGCCGGGGCGGGCCGCCGGCGCGGGGACGGGGAAGAAAGGAGAGGGCGCAAAGCAAGCCGACGCGCGGGAGACAGGAGCAGGGGAGAACAGCAGAGGAGGGCGAGCCGAGGGGCCGGCCGGGAGCGGAGGAAGGAGGAACAGGGACAGGCGGGGGCAGGCGGAGGGCAGAGGCAGAGGGGAAAGGCGGGGAGGGAGGAAAGACGAACAACGGCGAAAGCAGGGCCAAGGAGGGGGCAGGAAGCAAGAACGAAAGGGGGGGGCGCGAAGACGAGCAGAGACCGGCCGAGGCGCAACCAGAAACGAGGCCGACCAGGAGCAGCGGAGGGGGCGGGGAGGACGCCGCGGGCACCGGAGGAGAAAGCAAAGGGGGGGGGGCCGGGGGAGGAGGGGCGCAAGGCGGAAACGGAAAGGAAGGGACGGAAGGGCACCACCAGGAGGGGAGCCGGCGGCGGAAGGGGACGCAACACGGGGAAACGGACCAGGGCCAGACAGAGGAAGGAGGGACAGACGGAGAGCGCGGGCGGGAG